AUGCCUCCGCUCUUCACCUCACCCGCCUCCUCCCCUCUCCUCCUCGCCUCCCGCGUCGGCGCUCUCCACCACCGCGGCGCCGCCUCGGUCCACUUCCUCGCGCCGCGCAGGAAGACCCGGCCGCCCCCCGCGAUGAGCUGGCUUGGGAAGCUGGGCCUGAGCGGGCUGGGCGGCAGCCCGCGCGCGUCGGAGGCGUCGGCGGCGCUGGCGCAGGGGCCCGACGAGGACCAGCCCGCGCCGGGGAACGAGUUCGCGCAGUUCGGCGCCGGCUGCUUCUGGGGCGUGGAGCUCGCGUUCCAGCGCUUGCCGGGAGUCACGCGCACGGAGGUCGGCUACAGCCAGGGGAACCUCCACGAGCCGACCUACGAGGACGUCUGCACCGGCGCCACGAACCACAACGAGGUCGUCCGCGUGCAGUACGACCCCGCCGCCUGCAAGUACGACGACCUCCUCGACACCUUCUGGGCGCGCCACGACCCCACCACGCCCAACCGACAGGGCAAUGAUGUUGGAACCCAGUAUAGGUCAGGGAUCUACUACUACACCCCGGAGCAGGAGAAGGCAGCAAGAGAAUCCCUGGAGAAGCAGCAGAAGCUUCUGAACCGGACGAUCGUCACCGAGAUCCUCCCAGCGAAGAGGUUCUAUAGAGCAGAGGAGUACCAUCAGCAGUACCUGGAGAAGGGUGGCCGCUUCGGCUUCAGGCAGUCUACAGCCAAGGGCUGCAAUGACCCCAUCCGUUGCUACGGAUGA